GCAGAGAAGUGAAUGUCCCAGGUGAUGCCACUCCUGCCUCUGCACCCUGACAGCUCCGUGGAAAAUCUUUCUCGCACACGACACGUCGACCAGCGAAGCGAGCAGAGCAGCAAACACUGAGCUACACCUGUCCUCCGUCAGGUGACCGACCACCAGCACCAUGUCCUCCUCUUUGAUGAAGCCGAAGAAGUCUGGCAAGGCGACUUUAACGGAUGCAAAAUCAACAUCUGGCACCCCUACAGAACUGGCCGUUUUGAUUGAGAAGCUGCAAAAGAAUGCUGAUAAGGUGGAGAAGAACAUCUAUGACAUUGAGCAGAACCUCAACAAGGAUGUGAGCAAGAUUAACGAGGGGAAGCAGACUCUGUAUCAAGAGGACACCAACAAGAGAAUCCUAAAUUCUCUUGAGCUGCUCAACGUGCUGGAUGACGAAGCUGCCAGCGCCAAGCGCCUCCAGCAUCCUCAGGCUGAGAUGAUCCAACACGACAUGAUUCAGCUGCGUGAGAGGGUGCUGAAGCUGAGAGAGGACCAUGAACGUAUCUACCAYCUGAGCCGCACUGAAGGCAAACCCACAGUUAACUGGGGCAACAUCAUGGAUGAGAAACUGGACAACCUGAACAACAAGGGCUUUGGCCAGGACCUUCCCACAGUGGAGUGUGAUGUGGAGGAGCACAACAUCUUCCACAGUGAGGUGGAGGCUCUGGCUCCUCACAUCGCCACCGGUGGAGACAAGGAAUACAUCAGCAGCCUUCAGACGAAAUACAGCCAACUGCUGGCCAGCUCUGCAGCUCGUCAGCGCCACCUGCUAAGCCUGCGGGACUACAUGCAGCACUGCACCAAUGAGCUGUACUGGAUGGACCAGCAGGCCAGUGAAAGGAUCAACUACGACUGGAGUGACGCAAAUUUGGACUACCCUGCCCGUCAGAGGCAGUAUGAGAACUUUAUCAGUAAGUGUCUGGAGUCCAAAGAGGCCACCAUCACCAAGCUGAAUGAUGAUGGACAGAGUCUGAUUAAUGCAGACCAUCCUGGGAAGAACGUUAUUGAGGCUCACAUGGAGGCGGUCCAUGCUGACUGGAAGGAGUAUCUGAACCUGCUCAUCUGUGAAGAAAACCACCUGAAACACAUGGAUGAAUACCACAAGUACCACAAGGAGGCCCGYGACACACAGGACCUGCUGAAGCGACUGGAUACAGAGGUGACCCAGAAGUACAACCCAGAAUUCAAAGAUGUGUAUCAGAUGGAAAGCCUGAUAGGAGAGCUGGAUGACCAAGCCAAGGCUGUGGAAUACUUAGAUGAACGAGUCAAGAAUCUUCAGAAGAACAGCUUGCAGGUUUUGCCCCUGAAGUACCGCAGGGAAACCCCUCAGAAGGUGCUGCCUGUUGAAGCUCUGUGCGAGUUUGACACUGAGGAGGGUCAGAUUGCCCGUGGUGAGAGGUACAGCCUGCUUCGGAACAACGGUGCCAAAUGGGACGUUAAGGAUGCUGCUGGCCGAAAACACACCGCCCCAGGUGUCUGCUUCAUGAUCCCGCCCACCGACCCAGAGGCAGUCACCAUCGCUGACAACUUGGCCAGCCAGCUGAAAGGUCUSAAGCAGAAGAUGGGGAGCAGCAAGGCCACGCUUCAGAAACGAUACGAUACACUGAAGCUGGAGAAGGGGAGCGGCACAGCUACAGACAAGCAGGAGCAGCAGUGCCGCCAGCAGAUGGCCGGUCUGGAUAAGAUCAUCAGUGACUUGGACAAACAGGAGAAAGCCAUUUACUCUCGAAUUCGCCCCCCUCUGGAGCAGAACAGACCACUUCAGGACAGCGCUGACCGCCUGCAGGAUUUAAGGGAAAUUUCUGCAGCUGUCAGUAAGAUUGAACCAGAAAAGUCGUCCAAAGUGAAGGAAGCGAGGACAUUCCUAGCRUCAAAUGCAAACUGCGCCAGCGCUCCCCAGCUUCACAGCAAGGUGGAUGAGGCCAAUAAGAAAUACACCAAGAUUGAGCAGCUCCUUCAGUGCUCUCAGGACAAAAUGAAAAAUUCCAACCAACUGGAGCAGUCUCUUCAGAAUGGAAAAACCUUACUGUCCACCUAUGAGAACAAGCUGGCCCGGGAGGAGGUUGCUCCAGCUGACCUGAGCUCACUGGAGAAAACACAGCGGGAACUUGCAGACAUUGGAUCAGACCUGAAGUCCCAGAAGUCAGUAAUUACAGAGACGGAGCAGAACCUGCGCCUGGCUAAGGGCACUUGUGAUGAAAUGGCCAUUAAACUACAGGAGCACUGUCCUGACAUUGACAGGCAGGAAGCUGAUGUUCAGAAACUCAACAAGCGCUACAACAACCUGAACAGGCAGAUUGAAACCAGGUCUCAAAGCUUGCAGAGAGCCAAAAUGGCACUGAAGAACUACCGCAAUGAUUAUGACAAUCUGAACAGCUGGCUCUCUCGUGUCCCGAAUUAUGAGCCCCGUGAAACUGAUGACAUGAGACAAGUGGAGACCAAACUGAAGAAUCAGAGGAACUUGCUCUCUGACAUCGCAAGGAAGGAAUCAGAUUUGAACAAUGUCUCUAAAAAUGCCCAGCUUUACCAGCAAGCAGUCAAAGACUAUGAGAAUGAAACAGAGAAGUUCAGGUCUAUUCUUGACCUUGAGGAUGGACUUGUKCCUCAGACCUACAAGAGAAGCAGACUGGAAUCCCCAGCUCUGGCAGUCAAAGCAGAGGAAGCUGCUAUUGAGGCCAAGUUUACAGAAGUGAAUGCUGUGAAUAAGCAAAGGCUGCAGAAUCUUGAGUUUGCCCAAAGUCUUCUUAGCCAGCAACCUGAGAUCCCGGUUAUCCAGUCUACCAGCGUGAAGUCAGUCCAUGCUGCCGCCCCGGGAGAGGAGCCAUGGAGAAUCAGGAAGCAACUGGAUGAUGAGAUCCAGAGGAGAGAGCAGCUAGAAAAAGAAAUUCAGACUAUUCAGACUGACAUUUAUGUCCUAGAAGGACAAAAGCCACAGGAUACAAUUGUCAAAAAAGAGCACAUUAAAAAGGUACCAGACCCCCAACUAGAUGAGGAAGUGCACAAGGUUCAACAGAAGCUCUCAGAGGAACGCCGCACCACCCUUGUGUUGGAGAAUGACCUGGAGGUGCUCAAGCUAAAAUUGCGAGGUCUUGAGACUGAGAUGAAAGAAGGAGCCCAGCAGUACACAGUCAAGGAGGUGCUGCGUAUAGAAAGAGACCGUGGUCAGGAGGAGGAGAUUCGAAAACUUCGGGAUGAGCUGGAAGAGCUGCGAAGGCAGAAGAUGUUAAAAGACAACGAGCUGAUUACGAUCCAAAAGCAGAUGACCGUCCUGGCUGAGGAGAAAAACAAAGAACAAGAGGUCAUAACUGAAGAGGAGGUGAUCAAAGUCCAGAAUGACCCCCAACUUGAAUCUGAGUACCGGGUGCUCCUUGACAGGAAGCAGAAAGAAAUGGACAAUAGGAAGCAGCUGGAGGAUGAGCUGCAGUUUCUUCAGGAAAAACUCCGAAGGUUGGAGAAAGAGAAAUCAAUGGCCGAGGAGAAGAUUUCAAUCAAGGAGGUGCUGAAAGUAGAGAAAGAUGCUGCGUUUGAAAGGGAAGUAGAAAACCUCAGGAGGCAGUAUGAGGAUGAGAAGUCUAAACGAAGAUCAUCACAGCGGGAGAGGGCUGACCUCCAGAGGAAGAUUCAGAGCCUCGAGGAGGAGAAGUCUAAGGUUGUGAUUCAGGAAAAAGUGCGUGAGAUUGUUCGCCCUGACCCUAAGGCUGAGAACGAGGUGGCCAAUCUCCGUCUUGAGCUUGUAGAACAACAGAGGCGCUAUAGAGAUUCAGAGCUCCAACUGAAAUCUCUGCAGGAUGAGUUGAUCAUGCUGAAGAACAGAGGACCUCAAGUGGAAGUCAAAGAGAUCAUCAAAGAAGUAAUCAAAUACAAGACAGAUCCACAGACCGAAAGAGAAUUGGAGAGACUUCGCAAUGAGAUUGUUGAUAAAACCCACCAGACWGAGAAAUCGGAGAUGGAAAUCCGUCAGCUUCGUGAUGAAAUUGAAAGAUGGAGGGAYACUAAACCCCAAGUACAGACCAAGGAGGUGGUCAAUGAAGUGCUGCAGUACCGAGAAGACCCGAGGACCAAGGAGGAGAUUGAGACUCUGAAAAGGAAGCUGGCUGAUGAACAGACGAAACGCCUCGACCUUGAGAGGGAGCGGUCAACCCAGGAAGAGAAGAUUAGGCUGAAGAAGAUCGACCUGUCUCAGAUCCGAGAGAAGAUCGUCCAGCAAGAGGUUGUCAAGAUGGAAGAAGAUCCCGUCCUCAAGUCAGAGUGUAACAACUUCCUGCAAAGCAUCAACAAUGAGCAAAAACAAAAGGAUAACUUGAAAGCAGAACUCUUCCAACUGCAGAGACAAAUCGCUGAUCUGGACCUGCAGCUGGAGGAGCUGGAGCGUGAGCGCAGGGCGAGGCGUGACGCAGAGCUGGAGAUCCAAAGACUUCGGGUCAGGCUCAACGAGCUGGAGAUCCGCGACAGAGAGAACCGCGAGAAGGUGACCGUCAAACAGAAAGUAGUCCUGCAGCAGGAUCCUCAACAGGAGAAAGAACAUUCCAUCCUCAAACUACAGCUUGACGAAGAGCGACACAAACGCACCCUGCUCGAGAAAGAGCUGAACGCACUCAUUCAGCAGCAAAUCACGUUGGAGAAGAUGGAUGUGAAGGAAAAGGUUGUCCGCACUGAGAAAGUUCAAGUGGAGAGAGACCCAGAGGCUGAGAUUGAGAUUGAGAACCUAAGGAGAACUUUGGAAGAGGAGAAAAAGAGAAGACGUGAACUUGAUUCGGAGUUGUCAAUCCUCACCUCCAAGUUUUCUGACAUGGAGUUCUCUAACACCAAGUCAACUAAAGAACUGGAYUACAUUCGAGAUGAAAGCUACCGCCUCCAACAAGAAAACCAAAAGCUGCAGAAUGAGAUCCGCAAGCUUCGCUCUGAGAUUGAGAUCACCAGCAAAGAAACUCGGCUUAUCACAGAGUCUGCACCAAGAGAGGAUGGAAAGAACCUGGAGUUGAGGCUCGACUCGCUUCAGAAAGAGCUGUCAGAUCUAAGAAAUAUAACACUCCAGAAAGAUGAGGAGAUUGAGAAGCUUAAAAAGAAUUUGUCGGCAGUGAGAAUGAAGAGGGAGCAGAGAGAAAGCCACCUCCGCAGGUCUAUUGUUGUUAUUGAUCCAGAUACUGGAAGAGAGAUGCGACCUGAAGAGGCAUACAAGCUAGGCUUGAUCGAYUGGAAGAUGUUUGUCAACCUGCAGGGUCAGGAGUGCGACUGGGAAGAGAUCACAGUUAAAGGCCCCAGCGGAGAGUCUUCUGUGCUUCACGACAGAAAAUCUGGGAAGAAGUUUUCCAUUGAUGAGGCUCUGCGUCUUGGGAACAUCACAAAUCGCCAGCUUCAGCAGUACAUAAAUAAAGAAAUAUCCAUUCAGGAGUUUGGUGUUCUGGUGUCGGGCAAGAAAAAGUAAACAAUUUAGCAUUUGGCUUUUAAUGAGCUUGGAAUUGUAUCUUUCAAUGUAUUUGGAGAUCUCAGUGCUUUUUACUGUCUUUCUUCUCUGACUUUAUUCCUUUGGUGACUUGGCUUUAUUUUGUACUUAAGGUUCCAAAAGUACACUGUAUUUAUUUGCUUAUGUAUGCUUAGAUUUGUUGCACAAAGUACAAAGGAGAGUACAGUACAAAAGUUGAUACUACAGCCGCUGGAAAAGUACAAAAACAUAUUUCUCAGAUUCUUUUAUUUCUUUGAGUACCAGUAGGUACUUUGGUUGACAGUAUAUUUUUAUUAUUUUAAUUUGUUGAUGUUGUAGUGGGGGAGGGGCUGAGUGUUUCAUYUGUUUCUGGUGUUUUCCAAGGGUCAACUAACGUGUGUUCAAGCUUCAAUAAAGUCUAAUCAAGCUGA